AUGAUGAGGAUCUUAAUCUCAUUCUUUCUUGCUCUACUUCUGCCUUCACUGAUAUUUUCAAAUCCUGAUUCUCCAGUGUUUAAUGUUCUUGAUUAUGGUGCAGUUGGCAAUGGAUAUAACGAUUCAACCAGUGCUUUCAACUUAACUUGGGCAGCAGCAUGUACAUCAUCGUCUUCUUCUCCAACAAUGUACGUUCCUACUGACAAUACGUUCUUGCUUCACCCAUUGAUGUUGCACGGCCCUUGCUUAUCACCGGACAUCACUAUUGUGAUAAAUGGAACGACAAUUCCACCAUACAGAGGUUGGAGAUGGAGGUGGAUCCACACUCCUUGUAUUAAGUGGAUUUGUAUUAAAAAUGUUAAUGGCCUUUCAGUACGUGGGAGUGGAAGAAUUAUCUAUGGUGAGCCACCUGAAUGGUGGGAAGUUCAAGAUCGCAUGAGACCAGCAUCUCUGAUGCCCCUACCCAAAAUUAUCGCAACACAGGUUUUCGAAAUUGCACAUUCUAAAAACAUGCGGACUGAAAUUUAUGGACAGCCACAACACGUCUGUUCAUUUGAAUAACGUGACAUCUGCCAGAAUCUUUAACAUAACCAUAGCAGAAUCAAGUUAUAACGCUGACGGUAUUCAUGUUUCGGACAGCAAAGAUGUGGAUAAACUCCUUGUAGUUAUUCUUAUUUUCACGAAGAUGGCGCUAACUAUUGUUGAAAAAUGCAGUGGGUGAUUGUAUAUCGAUUGUAGAUGGAUCUUUCAAUCUGAAAAUCAGCAACAUAGUAUGCAGAACAGGGGGCGG